UUCUUCUCUCCCUUCUGCACAGGGCUCCCACUCAGAGGAGAAUGGCUGCAGAAAACUACUCUAUAGUAACAGAGUUCAUUCUUGGGGGAUUGACAAAUCGACCAGAGCUCCAGCUCCCCCUCUUCUUCCUCUUCCUGGGCAUCUAUUCAGUCACCAUGAUAGGAAACCUGGGUAUGUUCAUGCUGAUUUGUCUGAGCUCUCAACUCCACACCCCCAUGUACUACUUCCUUAGCAAUUUGUCACUUGUGGAUCUCUGCUACUCCUCUGUCAUUACCCCAAAAAUGCUGGUGAGCUUUGUGUCCCAGAAGAACAUGAUCUCCUAUGCAGGGUGCAUGUCCCAGCUCUAUUUCUUCCUUGUGUUUGUCAUUGCUGAGUGUUACAUGCUCACAGUGAUGGCCUAUGACCGCUACGUUGCCAUCUGUAGCCCUUUGCUCUACAACAUCAUCAUGUCUCAUCAAGUCUGCUCCCUGCUGGUGGCUGUGGUCUACACCAUGGGACUCAUUGGCUCAACAAUAGAAACUGGCCUCAUGUUAAAGUUAUCCUACUGUGAGCCCCUCAUCAGUCAUUACUUCUGUGACAUCCUCCCCCUCAUGAAGCUCUCCUGCUCUAGCACCUACGCUAUCGAGUUAACCGUCUUCUUUCUGGCUGGAUUCAACAUUAUAGUCACCGGCUUAACAGUCCUUGUUUCCUAUGCCUUCAUCCUCUCCAGCAUCCUUCGCAUCAGCACCACAGAAGGAAGAUCCAAAGCCUUUAGCACCUGCAGCUCCCACCUGGCAGCAGUGGGAAUGUUCUAUGGAUCAACUGCAUUCAUGUACUUAAAACCCUCCACGGCCAGUUCCCUGGCCCAAGAGAACAUGGCAUCUGUAUUCUACACUACAGUUAUCCCCAUGCUGAACCCCAUCAUCUACAGCUUGAGAAACAAGGAGGUAAAAGCUGCCAUGCAGAAAACACUAAGGAGAAAAGUGUUUUGA